GACCGUUGAGCACAAUGAGCGAUAAGCCGUUGCCAUCGUCGUUUGAUGAUGACCCAGACUUUUUCCAGGACAAUGCCUGGAAGAAGCUGGGCCGCCGACUAAAAGAAGAGCCACUGGUUCCUCUGGGAAUCGGUGCCACUUGCUAUGCUCUGUUUCGGGCAUACCGGUCUAUGAAGAUGGGCGAUUCCGUACAGGUCAAUCGCAUGUUCCGCGCUCGUAUAUAUGCACAAGCAUUCACUCUACUCGCCGUAUGCGCCGGCAGUGUGUACUACAAGACAGAACGGGACCAGCGAAAACAGCUGGAAAAGGCCAUGGACCUGAAGAAACAACAGGCGAAGCGGGAUGCCUGGCUGAAAGAACUAGAAAUAAGAGAGCAAGAGGACAAGGACUGGCAGAGCAGACAUGCUACCAUCGAACAAGCCGCAAAGGGGGUUGAAGUGAAGCCCUUCGUGGCAGACUCGGCACCGGAUGCCGCAGGGCGCGACACCUCAGAGGAAGCAGCCAAGGAAUCCGGCGACAAAAAGGACGGCAGUUCAGGCGGUGUACUUUCAGCUGUGAAGAAUCUCUCAUGGUGCUCGAAGUAGAGGCGGAGGAUAUUAUUGUUGUCGUCAAUCGCUGCAAUUUGUAUACUAUCAAUCGGGACAGGCGUUCGUGGCCAUUGUAGUGCCAGGGUUUGGAAAGGAGCAUACACCCAAUUUUAGCUGAGCUCUACUCUGCGAGGUAAUGUACAUGUGUAUAACACCAAAAUGAAAGAUCUCUAUAAUGAAUGAAUAAAUGAAGAGAACCCCCCAGGGCAAGCUAGACAAUCUGUUCGUCUAUAUACCGUCUCAUAGUAUUAAACUCUGUCUUUCCAGUCUAUAUUCGUAGAAAGUCAGUACACUUAACGGGUAUAUAGCUCCGUAACAUUUGCUCAAAUUAACCAUACCGAGAGUAGAUAUCGUAUAUGACCCUACUUCGAAGUUACAAACAUGUUUAUAUACCAGACAGAGGAAACGUCGUGAACUUUUUGACAUACCACAUCCGUGACGUUUUUAUGCCGUUCAAACUCUCCGCGCGCAAAUGAUCUCAAUUCAUGCUUAGUAGAAGAAUUGGGUAUCCCUGAAUAUCCAGGCAGCAGCUCAUUCAUUAAUCCCUUGAAGACAAAGUACUUUUGUACAUGGUAGGCUGCUCACUUUUGGUUGAUCGCAGGAUUUCACGCCAUAGACUCAAAACCCGUUGGCGUAUGAUAAACUGCAAGCAUUCCAUCAGUACAUCCUUGCCUCUCUUGAGUUAUCCGCGUAUGACAGUUCAAAACAAACGGCCUACCUGCUCUAAAUUC